AUGGGGGCUCUUCUGGGGCAGUUUCUUACCUGCUGCACCGCCGAGAGUUUGAGCGACAAGCCCUUCGCAACCGAGGCGACGGUCCCCAACAUCGCGUUUCUGCUCGAUGAAGAUGCUGAUACGCGCCCUCCGGCUGACUGCGUGCGCGUUGUUUCAAAGUCAUGCCCUCGCAUCUUCGAUCCCGAGGUGGGUCGGACGCACGAAGCAAUCAUGGUAACGGCCCAGCAGGGUGUGCACCUGGCCCGUAUGGAAGUGGAGGGAAUGCCGUCGACUGGGUGGACGGUCAACACGUCCUCGCGUUCAUGCAGCUGCCGCUUCUUCCAGAAGUAUGCUGCUUGCAUCCACCUGACUCACGCACUCUCUAUCCGUGGUCUUCUCCGCAGUGGCAAGCGUGCCACGCUUGUGUACCGCGGCUCGAACAAAGCCCGUCGAAUGCAGAGCGAGACACAAGCCCCAGGCCGUCCCGCACAAAAUGGCUACGCACUAGACAAAAACUAA